AUGAAUACCACCAAUAGAAAAUCUAAACGACAACGUUCAAAAAAAUUUCGAAAUGAAAGUGAAAAGCGUCGACGAGAUUUACUUAGUCAAUUAAUUACUAAUAAAGCAUCAGUUUUACGUGAAACUGCACUUUAUUUAAAAAAACAUCAAAAUGAUUUAACAAUUCAACUAAAUGUUCCAUCAACAAGUGGUCGAACAACUAAUGAACAACUUGACGAAGUUGUGAAUUUUUCAUGGAAACCUCCAUCAAAUUUAGUGACAACUGACGAAUGGACUCAAAUAGCUAUAGAAGCAAUGGGUUGUUUUUUUCUUGUGGCAAAACCUAACCCAUACAAUGGUCAAAUUGUUCAUGUAUCAAAAAAUAUUAGUUCAUUGCUUGAUUAUUCCCAUAAUGAACUUCUUAAUCGUUCUUUAUUUGAAUUAAUUUUACCUCGUGAUCAUGAUCAAUUACGUGAUUAUCUUCUAAAAGAUCAUAGAAUUAUUGAAAAAUGUAAUUUAUCUUGGAGACGAGGUACAGCUGAUGAAUGUGAAGAAUGCACAAUUAUUGGAGCAUUUAGACAAGUUAGCAAUAAAACUGAUGAAAAAUAUCUCAUGUCAAUUGUUAAAGUAAAUACAAUAGAUCGGACACUAACAAUAAAUGAACAUAAUUCAACAAAUGAAUUUACAACUCGUUUAAAUCUUCAUGGAAGAUUUAUUUAUGUUGAUUCAAAAGCUCGACAAAUUCUUGGUUAUACCUCAUAUGAAUUAAUUGGUUGUACAUAUUUUGACUUUGUUCAUCCAGACGACUUGUCAAUUAUGACUCGAGCAUAUCAAUUAUGGAAAGAUAAAGGAAGGGGAACAAGUGAACCAUAUAAAUUUUUAAAUAAAGGGCAACAAUGGAUUUUUCUUCAAACAACUUGUCAAGCUCAAAUUAAUUCUUGA